GUUACUAUGGUUGCAAAGAUAAAAAAAUGUCUAUAUGUGACACGGCACCAGAGUUAAGUUAGGUUUUUUCAAAAUGCUGACACGCCGAGGUCAAAAGGUUCGCCGUCACUGGUCUAGAGGGAAGACACAUAAAGGAGAUGUGUCAGGUGUGAUGAGUGCAACGGAGGAUGAGGCAGGGCCCCUGAGCAAGUGACAGACAGCGAUGGGAGGCGACCUGUGGGUGCGGAGGGGGUCGCCGUGGGGGCAGAGGGCAGAGCCCUGUGGUGACCCGAGGGGUUGGAGCUGGAUGGGGAGGGUCCCUGGAGACUGUGCCGAGGGCCCUGCGCCCAGCCUGGGGCUGAGAGGCACUGCAGGGUCGAGGCCUGUUUCGGAGGCUGGGAGGGGAGGUGGCAGCUGCAGGCAGAUGUGUGUGGCAGCGGUGGUGAGAAGCCAGGUCCUGGGCAUUGGAGGUGAACCUCAGACUUCCUCAGAGCCGAGGGUGACUCAGCAGGAAGGUGAUUUCUACCGUGCAGUGUCCCGGAGAUGCCCAUCAGGGAGAUGGGGGUCCAGGCCUGAGCGCACAGGGCACCCAGUAUUCAUGGGGCGGCUGGGAACGAGAUGGCCACAGGCCUCUGCAGGUGCAGGGCCAGGAGGAGCCCUAGCCCCAGUGUCCCCUCCGCGGAGAGCCGGGGCGCACUGCUCUGAGGGCCACACCCCCUUCCUUCACAGGAAAGUCUUUCACAAGCUGCGUUUCUGUGUCUCAGAGGGGGAUAUCCGAAAGGUGGUGGCCAACACGCCCGGGGCCAUCGAGCCCAUCUUGUGCGCGCUGAAGGAAAAGGUGGUGGACGGCGCUGUCCGCGAGGACCCACCUGGCGCAGGCGUGCUCGUCGGUGCAUUUGACCCAGGAGUCUCCAGUGCGGAUGCUGAUGGACUGUGGCUGGGGCUCGCGACCACCCCCCACGCUGGCCUGCCGAGCUCCCCAGUGCCUUCCGGCGUAAAGACCCUUCAGAGUCAGAGGGCAGAGAAGACGGGACACUAUGCGUGCAGAGGGUGGGCUCCAUCUCUUGAACCCUCUUCCAUUGCACCCCAGCCACCCUUUCCUGCCAGCUGCCGGGUUAAAGGCCGGGUGUUUGCCUUUCAGUCGGGGCCCCGCCGGUGGGCCCCGGGAGCACCUGAACACUGGGGUGCAGCAGCUGCUGGAGGAAAAGGAGCAGGCGCUGGCCAUUCUGCAGGAGACCGUCCAGGUAUGGGGACCGGGGUGGCCCUCCAUGCCCACCCCCCAGGAAGUAGAGGAAUUGGUUGUGGGCGUUAUGGGGAGGCCCUGCUUUCCCUUCUAUGCAGCUCAGACCCAUAGUGGGGGGUAUGGCAGUGGGUGGGGCAAGCAGGGUCUCUAACCAGGGAGAACCCACAUUUAGGUGUUUUUUGUUAAUUACAAAUUUUUUUAGCUGAUUUUAGAGGAUGGGAGAGAGAGAGAAACAUUGAUAUGAGAGAAACAUUGGUGGUUGCCUCCUGCACACCCGGACCAGGGUAUGUGUCUUGACCAAGAAUCAAACUCACCACCUUUUGAUGUACAGGGAGAGGUUCCAACCCACUGAGCAACCCUGGCCAGGGCUGGAUUAUUUUUUACUAUGGAAUAUUCAAAACACAUCCAGAAGCAUAGAGAAGAGUCUAGUGCCCCCUCCCCAAGAACUCACCAUCGAGCCUCCCCAGAUACCAAGCCCCAGGGCCCACAUUCCGGGGGGCUGCAGACAGUUACAGGCGUCACCGCCCCGAUGUGAUGGACAGCAGGCCCAGGGCCACGUCAGGGAGCAGAAGAUAGUCCUCAAGGUGCAGGCCUGGUCCUGAGAGCACCAAGGGUCUGCAGUGGUCCUGAGUUCAGGAAGUGCUCAGGCCCCGUGCUGCUAGAGAAUGACCACCCUAUGAGAGCAUAGGUCGCAGCUUGGGGCCUGAGACAGUGGGGGUGGGGGAGGGGUGCAGGCCACACCGGUCUGCUCAGAGUCCAAGGGGCCGGCAGGAAUUGUGAUGACAGGGUGGUUCCCUGGUGGGUGUCCUGGGCUUGGUGAGCUGUUUCUUUUUCUUUUUAAAGUAUUUUAUUUUUUUUUACAAUUUCCUUUUUUUUUAAAAUUUAUUUUCCCUUUAUUGAUUAAGAUAUUACAAAUGUGUCCUUAUCCCCCCAAUGUCCUCUCAUCCUCCCAAUCCUGCCCUCACCCUCACCCCCUGUUGUCCACAUCCAUCGCUUAUGCUUAUAUGCAUGCAUACAAGUCCUUUGGUUGAUCUCUCUCCAAAGUAUUUUAUUUGUAACCUACCUUAGCAAGUGUUCCUGUGCCCAGUUUCUCCCCUCCCCCAAGCCUAAUAACUCAUUUUCACUUAUUCGCAGGAAUUUAGGAACAUUUAUGUGAUGGACUGUAGAGCAAUAACUUGCUAAAAUAAUUUAGAACAUAUAUCCCCCAUCUUGGGAAUCUGAGAAAAAAUUUUAACUAGUUUGUCUAGGGCCGGCAAUUAAGAAGCAAAUUUGGAUAAAUAAUUCAAAUCUAGUUUUGCCUAAUUUGUAGGCCUAGUAAUUUUAGGAUUUUCCAAAAUGAGAGAUGCUUCCCCAUUGGUGAGCUGUUUUCUUGAGAAUGCAGGAAGUGAUGUCACGGUGUGGUCUGCCUUUGCUGAGGAACAGCAGAGAGGAAGCGAUGAGAGGUGAAGCAACUACCUCAGCGAGGUCUGACAUAGCCCGGGGCUCUGGUCCACGCAGGAGCUGACAAAGGGGAUUAUAACCUUGUGCUUUAUGCAACCCAGAGGGGGAAGCGGCUCUACGUGCCAUUCAGAAUGUCGCUGGCUGUUUCAGUGGAUAUUGCAGGUGGGGCGACAGGUGCCCAGGGCCAAGGGGGCAGCAGCUGAGGGCCUGGGCACGUGGGGCAGGCAGGCUCCUCUGUGUUGGCCCAAGGAGGAAGUCUGCACAGUGGGGAGCGGGCCCUGGGGGAGGGGUGUGGCCCGGAUACGGUAGGUGGGCAGCACUUGGUGGCCCCCGCCACCGGGGCCCGCGGGAGCAGGCUGUCCUCGGCCGGAGUGUGGGCCGGCUGCUGCUGACUUCACUCUGCACAUGGUGUUGGGGGCAGAUGAGCGUUUUCAGAUCCCUCUCUUCCACUUGCCUGUGCGUGCGGCGGGUCGGCGCUUCCAAGCAGGGGAGCCUGGUGGCGUGGCCGUCCUGAUGGAGGAGGCUGGGGUGGCUCCCGUUCUUCAUGAAACUUCUUUUUCUGAUAAAGAUGAUUUGUCGGCAGGUUUUAAAAAAUUGACUUCAUUGGGUUACAUGGGUCAAUAAAAUCAUAUAGGGUUCAAGUGGACAGUUCUGCCACACGUCAUCUGCACAUGGACAUGCUCUUGACUGUUAACUCUUAGAAGGACACCUGGCACACCGUCCAUCCGCAGUGACUGCCCCCCUAACGGCGGGCCAGCGCUCGGCGGCAAGCGGGGAGGAGGCCGCCCCUCCUGCGACUUCCGCGGGGCCUUUCCGGGGUCCCCCUUGCAGCAUGGCUGGCUGGACGCUCAGCUCGGGCCGAAACUGCCCGGCUCUGGCAGGUGGGCGGGGCGAGAGACGUGUGUCUCCCUGAAGGUUUUGCAGAUGAAGGUCAUCAGGCUGGAGCACCUGGUGAAGCUGAAGGACCAGCGGAUCAGUGAGCUGACCAGACGUGGGACUGAGCCCCAGUGAACAAGAGGCCUCAGGGAGAGGCUCCCAAGUCAACUAGACCCGGAACUUGAACCCGCACGGACCUCCCCCGACCAGAUGUGGCCGCACACUGUCCAGCAGGCUGAGGGACAUCUUGUACAAAGAGCGGGGGGUGGGCAGCAGUGUGCGGAACUCACGAGCCUGGAGGCCAGGGAGGCCAGGGACUCGGGGCUGCACGUUGGCUCCUGGCUGUGCCACCAGCUUAGUUUGAAAGUGAAGACUUAGAUCUGGUUGCCUUGA